AUGGCCACCCCACCCUCAACCGACCCCUCCACCACCGCCCCGGCCUUCAUCCCCCUCGAAGCCAACCCCAACCUCAUGACCACCCUCCUCCACGACCUCGGCCUCUCGCCCGACCUCGCCAUCCACGACGUCUACUCCCUCACCGAGCGCUCCCUCCUCGAGUUCAUCCCGCGCCCCGCCCUGGCCCUGCUCCUCGUCUUCCCCGUCUCCGCCGCCUACGAGUCCCACCGCCUGGCCGAAGACGCCCUGCACGCCGAGUACGACCGCUCCGGGCCGGGCGAGCCCGUCCUGUGGUUCCGCCAGACGAUACGCAACGCGUGCGGGCUGGUCGGGCUGCUGCAUGCCGCGGGGAAUGGGGCCGCGCGCGGGUUCGUGCAGGAGGGCAGCGUGCUGGGGAGGUUGUUGGGGGAGGCGGUGGGGUUGGGCCCCGCGGAGAGGGCGAAGUUGCUGGAGAGGGAUGAGGCGCUGGCGAGGGCGCAUAGAGGGGUCGCGGAGAAGGGGGAUACUACGGCGCCGGAUGCGCGGGAUGAUGUGGAUUUGCAUUAUGUGUGUUUUGUGAAGGGGGCGGAUGGGGGGUUGUGGGAGAUGGAUGGGCGGAGGAAGGGGCCGUUGCGGAGGGGGGAUCUGGACGACGCCGAGGAUGUGCUGAGCGAGAAGGCGUUGGUGUUGGGGCCGCUGAAGUUUUUGGCGAGGGAGGGGGACGAUCUGAGGUUUAGCUGCGUUGCGCUGGCGGGGAGUCUGGAUUAG